AUGCCGUCAAUGAACACAAGCCGACAAAAUUUAAUUGAAACUGAAUAUGAACCUGUUACAUCAUCGCAGAAACUUAUCUUAUUACUUCAACGUUCGGUUCGUUAUUCAUACAGACAAAGAUGCUGUAAAUGUUGCCCAACGAUACUUUGCGAACUUCUAUUUCCAAUAAUCAUAAUAUUAUUAUUAAUUUUGAGUCGAUAUGGAAUUAGUAGUUUGGCCGAAAAACAAACCAAUGAUCGAAGUGUACCUGAAACUUUCAGUAAACAGCAAUGUUCACAAGAUUUCAAUACUCCGCCAACUUCAUCAAAUGAUAUAUUUCUUAAUUGCUUUAAAUUUCCACCAAGUUAUAAUGAUUUUCAUUGGAGUAAGCAGAGUCUCGAUGACAUAUCCAAUAAAACAAAUAUUGUCUUUGAACCGGAUCGAAGCGACAUUAGCAAACUUGUUCAACUUGCUAAAAUACGUUUAAAUACCUUGAAAUGUGUAAAUACAAACGUUUGGAGUCAAAAUUCAGAUGAUGCAACUGAUACGCAUUUAUUGCGAAACAAAACUAUCAAUACAAUUAUAGUGGAUUUUAGUGCAACAUCUGACCUAAAAAGUGAACGAAAUCUUGCUUACAAUAUUAUUGUUCGAACACCCAAUACUUUUAUCACCAAUGAUCCUAUUGAUCGAUCAUUCAUAUUGUAUAAACAUCCAGCUUAUAUUGCCGAUCGUUCGAAUAUAACUGAUGGCAAUGCUGAGAAAGGAUCAGAAUUACCGCAAUUCACUGAUGUAAAAAUGUUUGUUGAUUCAUUACUUAUGGAAUAUCAAACCAAUCGGCAAAUUCAUUUUGAACUUGAACGAAAUCUUAUGACUUGUACACCAUAUCGCAAUGAUCUCCUUUUUACAUCGGAACCAAUUUUAAUUAAUUCACUUGUGUUAAUGAUUGAUGCCGUAUUUAUUCUUCCAUACCUGGUCCUUUUGAUCAGUUUGAUUCAAGAAAAAAAUUUAAAAGUCAAAGAAAUUCUUAAAGUACUUGGUAUUGAACCUAUUCUCAAUAAUAUUGCGCAAGCAAUGCGAACAAUGAGUCAUCUUCUUAUUUUAAGUCUGUUUUUAUCCGUUGCGUACAAAUUAAAAUUAAAAUCUGAUGCUUAUUUCAAUACAGUUAAUUUUGGUAUUCUUUUUUUGGGCAAUGCCACAUAUGCUUUACAAUUAAUAUCAUUCUGCAUUAUGAAUGCACAAUUAUUUAAUACGAAUAUUCGUGCUGUUAUAUUUACAUUUGUUACUUAUUUUGUCGCAUAUAAUAUCUAUUCAUUGACUAUCACAUGGCCAUCAAGUAUACAAUAUUUAUUGAUGUUCAUUUGUCCUUAUAUUGCGGGGCAUUCACUUUUUCAACAAGCUGUGCUGUACGAUUUAGCAAACAAAGAUGUAGAGUUAUUUCAAACAAUAUAUCGUUUUGUACCACAAUAUUUUCCAACAUUAAUUACUAUGCUGCUUAGCUCUGUCUUUUAUUGGAUACUUUCAUGGUAUUUAGAAAAAAUCUUCCCAGGUGAAUAUGGAGUUCCAUGUGAUUGGAAUUUCGUAUUCAAACUAGACUAUUGGUGCAGAGAAAACAAGAAAAGUCAGAUAUCUUCAUUCGAUAAUCAUGGCACUAUACUUACUAGACCUGCUACACCACUUGUUCAAAAGAAUUCACUGGGUACACCUGUUGUUCAUGUUGAUCGUCUGACGAAGACAUUUGGGCCCGAUAAAAUCGCAGUUAAUGAAGUUUCAUUUAAUUUAUAUGAAAAUCAAAUAACAUCAUUACUUGGACCCAAUGGUUCUGGUAAAACAACAAUAUUCAAUUGUUUAAUUGGAAUCUAUAAACAAACAUCGGGUACAAUAACAAUGGAAAGUGAAAAUGGACUUGAUUAUGAAACAAGAAAUGAUAUCGAUAUGUUGAGAAAAUCCAUUGGUUAUUGUCCACAGCAUGAUAUUCUUUUUGAUUUAUUAACUGUUGAGGAACAAUUGCAAUUCUAUGCUUCUGCGAGAGGAUUUAAAAAAUAUAAACAACAAAUAUCAAAUGAAAUGGUCUAUUUGGUAAAUCUGCAAAACUCAAAAGAUACUUAUUGUAAGUCAUUAUCAGGUGGUAUGAAAAGACGACUUUCGUUAGCAUGUGCUUUUGUUGGUAAUACAAAAAUUGUUCUACUUGAUGAACCAUCCAGUGGUCUUGAUCCAUCAAAUCGACGUUUAUUAUGGGAUUGGCUACGUAAAAUGAAAGAAGGAAAAACUCUUCUAUUAACAACACAUUUUAUGGAAGAAAGUGAUGCUUUAUCCGAUCGUAUAAUAAUUAUUUCAAAUGGAGUUAUUAAAGCAGAUGGAACAUCAGCUAUAUUGAAAGAACAAUAUGGAUCCGGUUAUAAAUUAAUUAUUAAUAAACAAAUAAAUCAUGGUACAAAUGAAAUAGAACGUGAAUUACGUAGUUAUUUGCCGGCAUUAACUAUUGAAAGUGAUAUUCGAAAUGGUGAUAUUGUUUUUCGUACAAAUCAACAACCAGAUAAUCAAUUUGUUGAAGCAUUACGUCAUCUUGAACUAUUGAAAGUGCAAAAUCGUAUAAAAAGUUUUGGUGUACAAAAUAGUACUAUGGAUGAUGUAUUUUUGAAAAUUACCAAACAGACAAACAAUGAAAGUGACUCCGACUCAAUAUCAAUUCAUACUGAACGCAUAGAUGAAAAAUGUCGUCAAAUUUUUAAUGAAAGAGAAUUUUUUCAUGGUUGUCGUUAUUAUCUAAGUCAACUUCAUGGUCUGAUAAUUAAAACAUUACUCGUGCGCUAUCGUCGCUGGGGACUGACAACAGUUGUUCUAUUAUUACCAAUCAUUUACAAUAUUUUAUUAAGCGUUAUCUCUCAUAAUGCAAAUGCCGAUGGUUCUUUCGAAAUGAAACUAAGUUCACUUAAUCCACAAACAAUUUUAUACAAAGUAGAUUCAAUUAUGGAAAAUUAUUUUCAAGCAGCUGUUGGAUCUAAAUCAAAUGGUUUAGUACUCGAAAAAAGACAAGAAAAUAUUGUUGACAUGAAUAGAUAUAUACGGCAAAAGCGAAUUGAUCAACCAAACACUUAUACUAAUAUUUAUCUUGGCUUCCAGAUAUCCGAACCACAAGAAGAUGCAUACAAGAUACAAGCAUUGUCAUCAAAUUUAAUAUCAGGGCAUGAAGUUGUGUCAGUUGCAUCGAAUAUAGUUUUCAAAUAUGCAUUGAAUGAUACAAGUGCAUCAAUUCAAACGACAUUAAUUUAUAAAAAGACAAGCACUUUGACAAUAGAACCAACAAUUGGUAGUUUAUUGAAUAUAUUAAGUAUAGCAUCAUGUUUUCUUAAGCUAUUGCCAACUUCAAUCAUAUCAGAUGUAUUCGUUUUCUAUCUAAUAUUUCUCUAUACAACAAUAUUUCUAGUUAGUGAACGCAAAGACAGCUUUCUAUCGCUGCUUAAUAUUAGUGGUUUACACCCAGCAUUCUAUUGGAUUUUCAAUUAUUUAUUUGAUAUCGUUAUUUCUGUUAUUUGGUUUUGUUAUCUACUUGUUAUAUAUUGUAUAUUUGAUAUUGCCUGUAAUGGCACAUCAAAUAGACGCAGUGAAUCAACAAGUAUAAUACCAAUCGAAUUUGCUAGUUCGCGGGAUUUACGGGUACAAUUUUAUCCAUUAACAAUCAUAAUUGCAUUACCAACAUUACCUUUUGCAUAUCUCAUAACGAAACUGUUCAAAAGUGAUAUUCUCGCUGGACUAUCGAUGUUGUUUAUACUAAUGAUUCUUCAUUUAGUCAGUAUUAUUGUACCAAUAAUAAUGUCAUUGGUUAAUAAUGUAGUUCUUCAAAAACUAAUCUAUUGGUUAUUGAAUAUUUUUUCACCCACUAUCAAUUCACAAGUUAUAAUAACGUAUAUAUUAGCACAACAGAGUAAAUUUUGUCGAACAUUUUUCCAUAGUGAUUUUUCAUUCUUUACACCGAUUGGCAAUGAUACGAUCGGAUGGAACUGGAUAAUUCUUAUUGUACAUAUUAUUAUUUUACUAUUACUAUUGAUUGCUAUUGACAGUGGAUUAUUGAAAUUUUCAUUUUCAUGUUUCGUAUAUCCUCUACAUUUUGAUGAACAUAUCCUUGAUAAUGACGUUUUGACAGAACGUCAUCGAGUUUUAAAUUCAAACUAUUUAACAGCAAAUAAAAGUCUUCUAAUGACAAAUAAUAGUGAAGAAGAGCAUGAAAUUGAUCAUUUAACAGUGAAUGAUCUUGUUAAGCGUUUUCCAGGUCGUAGCGUUUGCGCUGUAAAUCAUUUAACAUUUGGUGUCAAACGUGGGGAAUUAUUUGGUUUACUUGGCUAUAAUGGUGCAGGCAAAACAACAACAUUUCGUAUACUUGUUGACGAUGAACUAGCAACACAAGGCUCAGCAUAUAUUGAUGGUCAAAAUGUUCAUCAUCGUCUAAGAUCGAUACGUCAAUUAGGCUAUUGCCCUCAAGAAAAUGCUAGCAUGAACUUUUUAACUGUCGAAGAUAGUCUGUAUUUACUAGCACGCAUCCGUGGCAUAACUUCUUUACGUACUACUUCAGUUGUUCAAACAAUUAGUUCAUUAUUUUUGCUUGAUCCAUUCCUGAAAAAUUAUAUUCAUCAAUUAAGUGGAGGAACUAAACGUCGAUUACAUGCUGCACUUGCCAUGAUCGGACCACCAUCAGUUGUAAUUCUUGAUGAACCAACAACUGGCGUUGAUCCGUUUGCUCGACAACAAAUGCAAGACAUAUUUCUCAAUGCUGUUAAAGAAAAAUUGACAAUUAUACUAACAAGUCACUCAAUGGAUGAAUGUGAACGUGUGUGUGAUCGUCUCGGUAUUAUGUAUGAUGGUCAAUUAGCUUGUUUAGGUACAAUUCAACAUUUGAAGUCCAAAUUUGGUCAAGGAUAUACGAUUGAAAUAAAAGUUCGUUCAACUCAUGAUGAUGUAAAUACAGCAUCUAUUCACAAUGUUCAAUCCCUUCUACUAUCACAAACACAAUGGCGCGUAGAAACUCAAGAAAUAACAUUUUUAACCGGCACAUUUCAAAUUCAACAAGGUACACCAGCAGAUUUAUUUGAGUUACUCGAGCAAAAUAAAGAAAAUCUGAAUAUUGAAACGUACACAAUAUCACAAACAACACUCGAACAAAUAUUUUUAUCAUUUGGUGAAAAACUAUUAGAUGCAUCUCGCCAUUGA